AUGGAGAAUACCGCCAGGCAUCUUAUCAUCAGCGUGGGCCAAAGGGUUUUCCUAUCUCUACCGGAACACGCUAGUCUCACCCCCGGCCACUGCUUCAUCGCGCCACAUGAACACAUUGGUGCUAUGACGCGGGUUGACGGAGUCGCUGCUGAUGAGGCUUACGCCUACAAGCAGAAACUCUGCAAAUUAGCAUCCCGGUCGCUUGACCUCUCUCAUGGCUCCUACGUAUUCCUCGAAGUUGCAGCCUAUCCCAAUUCGUACAAACAUCAUGUUAGGAUAGAAUGCAUUCCAGUCGACAGGGAGACCUUAGAAGAGCUCCCCCUUUACUUUAAGAAAGCGCUUCAUGAACUGGGGUCAGAAUGGGAUCAAAACAAGCGCGUAAUCCCGCUGCGGAGACCGGGUUUUGGUGCCCGUGAUUCGGUGCCUGAAAACUUUGGCUAUUUUGCCGUCGAAUUUGGUGAUCGGGGCGAGGGCUUUGUGAAGGUCAUUGAAGACUGGUCCUCCUUUCCGCCCUACUUUGGCCGUGUAUGUAUACCGGUUUUUUUAAGUUUCACCUCGCACCUUGUCGUGUUAAUCCCGUUAUCUUACGGUCUGUCCAUGUGCAGAAGCCCCGGUUUGUGCUCUUCAUGUUAA